ACAGUCUCCCGUCGGUGGCGGUCCGCCGUCGACGAUAUCGUCGGCGACUGUCGGCGGGAGCUAACCGAUCAACAAACUCGAGGUGGAGAAGUCCCUGCGCCGGCUACGGGCCUAGAGCUCGUAGUGAAGACACAGGACCAGCCGAAGAUGACUGAACUGCGGGCGCCGACGGCUGAGACAGACACCGACCUUCGACUGGUCGCGGCCACCUGCCACGCCCUGGAGAAGGCUAACCUGCGCGGCUUCAAGCUGCGAGUCUCUGCCCUGCGCCGGCUGGGCAGUCUCUGCCCUGCACCACUGACCAAUGGCCAUGACAAAUACUCACCGUCCGUGACACCGGAAGCGACGGGACGCCUCCUGGCUGCCCUCACCGGCUUGAAGGACGUCACUCUUGUUGUAUCAGGCGUCAUUUCCGAAACUGUGCUAGCCGCCCUCCACGGCUGCUCCCAGCUGGAUACGGUGCAGCUCAGUGACACCCGGCCCCUCGCGGACAUCCCUGCCCUGACCCAGUCAGAGGUGGCAGCCGUCAGCAGGAUAGCAGUGACCUGCAGGAAACUGAAGAACCUGCACCUCACCUCCUCACUCGAAAACCGCCAGGCCGUCCUGACCGCCCUGCACGAGACAGACCUGGGAUUUGACGGUGGCCAGUCCCGUACCAUCUAUCUCUGGGUCUCCAAGUCUGUAUACGACAAGCUUACUAAGCCUCCCAACGACAGUAAAGUCUCCUUGUACCACUAUAAAUAGACGACAUACCUUCCCGGUGCGUCGUCCGCUCCGGUGCCGGCGGCAGUGUCGGAACUCGACAACAGAUGGCAGCACCGUGUCCCGUCGGCAGCGCUGUACGGAGCACAUUGCACACCUGGACCUUCAUAUCCAGAGUUGUUCGGAGCCGCCCUGUCCCAUGGGGUCAGGUCCGAGGGUGCUUUACCGCUGUACCAGGCUGGUUUGGGUUGAGUAGCCACUUGAUGGUCAUUUGAUUUAGGCACAGGCCACAGAUUGCUAUGUUUGUUGAGGUUGACACUGCUUUGAUAGACAGUGGGUAUGUUCACUGUUCAGUAUCCGAGAUUUAUCACGCUCGGGGCCAGUGUCCAGCCAUCGGUGAACCGUUGUCACCGUGCCGGCGGUACCGCCGUGGUGACGUCACGUGUGUUGUCGUGACGUCACGCUGGCUCACGCCGCUGUGCUGUUGUGUUGUAGUCUCAAUUUAGACCAGAGAGUGGUUGGAGCUAGCUGUGGGGUGUCCGGUCCGGGCGAUAUCGGACCUCGCCCGUCACUGUGUCGGACCGUCGGUGGUCCGGUCGGCUGUGGUUCGUUUGGACCGGAUAUGUCCGGUUCGGUGUCGCUCAUGGGAUAUCACGGGCUGAUGGCGAUUGAAAUACUCAGUGGUUCAGACGUUCAAUACACAAAUGUUACUG